GACCGAGGGAGGGAGGUGAAGACAGGCCGAAGCGCUGCAGGAUCAGACCGCACACAGCCGCGCUGCACAGGUGCGCAGAUACACGCAGGUACACGCAGGGUACACGCAGGUAAACGCAGGUACACGCAGGUAAACGCAGGUGAACGCAGGUACACGCGUCAUGGCGCUGAUCCCGUCGCAGGUCCUCCGGGUCGCCAUCCUGCUGUCCUACUUCUCCAUCCUCUGCCACUACAAAGCCCUGGACAUGCCGGCGCACCAGACCUACGGAGGCAGCUGGAAGUUCCUCACCUUCAUCGACCUGGUGAUCCAGGCGGUGUUCUUCGGACUGUGCGUCCUGAUCGACGUCUCCUGUCUGCUGACUAAAGGAGGCGACAGCAGGGAGCAGGAGAGGCAGAUGAGGAAGCUGAUUGGCCUGAGGGACUGGAUGAUGGCGGUGCUGGCCUUCCCUGUCGGAGCGUUUGUGGUGUUCACGUUCUGGACUCUCUACCUCUACGACAGAGAGCUGGUCUACCCCAGACUACUGGACAACUUCAUCCCUCAGUGGCUCAACCACGGCAUGCACACCACCGUCCUGCCGUUCAUCAUCAUCGAGAUGCGGACCACCAACCAUCGGUACCCCAGCAGGUCGUGGGGUCUGGCGGCCGUGUGCUGCUUCGGCGUGGGAUACAUCCUCUGGACAUGUUGGGUGCACCAGGUGACCGGUGUUUGGGUGUACCCGGUGCUGGAGCGCAUCACUCCGCUGGCUCGAGUUAUCUUCUUCAGUGCCAUGACGGCGGUGAUUUGUGUUUUCUACACCCUCGGAGAAAUCCUCAACAGCUACAUCUGGGACCAGCCACACACAGCAAAGGUCAAAGGUGAGUGAUCCUCUCCAGACUGUGCGGGCGUCGACGUCGGCCUCGUUUCAGACGGAGGAGGACGAGUGAUGCCCCGCCUACCAGGACAGCACAAGAACGGAAAACAAGCGACCUCUACCGAAGUGGGAAAGAAAAAAAAAACAACACCGUUUUACCUUUUGAACUUAACCCAAUAACAACAACAUAGAAAAGAAAAAUCAUCCGAUAAAUGUAAAUAUAGAAGGAAAGGUGACGAAUGAGGGGAAGUCAAAACUCAUCUCUUGUUUCCUCAUUUCUUUGUUUUUCUGUGGCAAAAACUGAGCAACCGUCUGGCUUUGUUAUGUGGAGGAGAGCGGACAAAACGCACAAACACACAUCUACAUACAACAUAGAACACAGCAUUAAACACUGGAAUACCACACACACACACACACACACACACACACACACACACACACACACAUUUAUAAUAUUUGUAAUCUGCUUUUGAACUGCUUAUCAAAGUGAAUCAUCAGCUACUAAAAACUAAACCACUGAAAAUCAAUAAUGUGUUGAAUGUCAUUAUUAUCCAUCUAAUGAGUCACACUACAUGUAUGGAAGAAACUACAAAAUCAAUAAAGCUUGA